UUGGGCGGUCACAUAAAAACUGCCAGAAGAACUGGAUGCGGGAUCAGUCGGUGAUGUUCUCCGUUCUCGCAUUUUCCUGGAGCUACAGAUCCACUGGACUUCUUCAGCUGGCUUCUUCUUCUACAUGACGCGGAACUAAUGGCCUAAACAUUCCCUUCAGCCUUGGACUUUUGCUAUGUGAGGCGAACUCCGUUGAAAACUCCGUUUUACGUCUUCUCUUCAGGAAUACCGUGCGCAUCUCUACCAAUGGAAAAGGAUCUCACCGCAGUUCUUAAACAGCCUUGCAGGACGACGUAACAUUCGCUUGAGGAACUCGUCCUGUAUCACCUCUCUACAAACAUGGAUUGUUUUCCCAUGCUUUAUUUUCUGUCGAGACAUCAUGAUUCCUGGUAAUCGAAUGCUGAUGGUUAUUUUAUUAUGCCAAGUCCUCCUGGGAGAGAGCAGCUAUGCUAGUCUAAUACCCGAGGAAGGGAAGAAGAAAGUGUCGGCUCAGCACCUGGGUCAGAGUCAUGAACUGCUGCGGGACUUUGAGGCCACGCUCCUGCAAAUGUUUGGGCUUCAGAGGCGCCCGCGACCCAGCACCUCGACCGUCGUGCCCCAGUACCUGCUGGACCUGUACCGGCUGCAGUCGGGGGAGGCGGACGAGGACCUCAGCUUCCAUUAUCCCGAGCGGUCCACCAGUCGGGCGAACACCGUGAGAGGAUUCCAUCAUGAAGAGCGCAUGGAAGAGUUGCAGUCAGACGGGUCUCAGGAGACUCCGCUUCGCUUCAUCUUCAAUCUCAGCAGCAUCCCAGAGGAGGAGCUCAUUUCCACCGCAGAGCUUCGUAUCUACAGGCAACAGAUCGAUGAUGCAAGCGCAGAUCCGGCACACGCGGGAGACGAGGGUCUCCAGCGGAUAAACAUAUACGAGGUGCUGAAGCCUCCGCGGGCCGGGACGCUCAUCACGCAGCUCCUGGACACGCGGCUGGUGCGCUACAACACGUCCCGGUGGGAGAGUUUCGACGUGAGUCCCGCCGUGCUGCGCUGGACCCGUGAUAAACGCUCAAACCACGGGCUCGCCGUGGAGCUCGUGCACCUGAACCCGAGCCGGCGGCCACAGGGACGCCACGUCCGCGUGAGCCGUUCCCUGCAUCCUAUACCGGACGAAGACUGGGACCAGCUCCGCCCACUGCUAGUCACGUUCGGGCACGACGGAAAAAGUCAUCCGCUGACGCGGCGAGCAAAGCGAAGCCCCAAGCAAAGAGGCCGGAAGCGCAACCGCAACUGUCGGAGACACGCGCUUUACGUGGACUUCAGCGACGUGGGCUGGAACGACUGGAUCGUGGCUCCGCCGGGAUACCAGGCGUACUACUGUCACGGCGAGUGUCCGUUUCCCUUGGCCGACCACCUGAACUCCACCAAUCACGCUAUCGUACAGACGCUGGUUAACUCGGUGAACACCAACAUUCCCAAAGCCUGCUGUGUUCCCACCGAGCUCAGUGCGAUCUCCAUGCUGUACCUGGACGAGACGGACCGCGUGGUGCUGAAGAACUAUCAGGAGAUGGUGGUGGAGGGAUGCGGAUGCCGCUGAGACACGGGACACACUUGCACCCGUAUGUGGACGCUUAUUUAUAAC